UUUCGCUGCACUGUCGCUGCACUGAAUUGACAAUGCAGGUAACAAGAUGGUAAAUUUUCUUAUCAGUAAUUUGUGUGUGUUAUCUGGUUUUGCACAUGUUUGAAGUUGUUCAAAGUUUAAAACAAGUGAGAAACGAGACAAUCAUUUUGCCUGGUUUUUCUGAUCUCAUGCUUUUACUUUCUCGACUUUGCAAAUAUCUUUACAGUAUCCACAAUGUCUUACAGGAGCUCUCUCGUUAUUGCGGAAAUCCCUCCUCAGCCAAUAUCCUCGACGCCGGGAGAAGCUUCUUCAAUUGAUGUCGUUUCGGCUCCUCGUCAGCGUCGGUUCAAGAGUGCUCGAUUGAUUGGAGAAUACGAAAAGCCAUGGAUCGAAGCUUGGAAAACUGGCAAGAAAGGAAAAAAGCUAUCUGGCCGUACUUGGGACUCCAUCAUUUUCUGGGUUGCAAUCUUCGUAGGAUUUGGUCUUGGUGCCAUCAUGUGCUAUAUUUCAUACUCAGCAGUGUCCAAUUUUGAGUAUUGUUUGGUCUUCGAAGACAAUUUUGAGAAGAUUGAUCCAGAUAUCUGGGGAUAUGAGAUUCAGAGAGGCGGUUUCGGGACUGGAUCAUUUGAAUGGACGACCAACGACCCAAGAAAUGCGUUCGUCGAUGCAGAAGGAUUGCACAUCGUUCCAACACGAACUAUCGACGAUACAACCAUUACACAAGCCCAGAUCUUGAAUGGCUAUACUUUGAAUUUGACGACAAUGGGAGUCUGUACCUCUCCAGAUCCGUACAAUUCGUGCUCCAUCUACAGCAAUAGCACGUCUGGAGAUAUCAUCAAUCCUAUCCGUAGUGCAAGAUUAACGACCAAAGGAAAGAAAACAAUCACUUACGGUAGAGUGGAAGUGCAAGCCAAAAUGCCUAGAGGAGAUUGGCUUUGGCCUGCAAUCUGGAUGAUGCCUGAAGAUUCGGUGUACGGAGAGUGGCCUGCCAGUGGCGAAAUCGAUAUCGCAGAGUCCAGAGGUAAUAAUGGAGACACAUACGCGGAAGUCGGCGGCCGAGAUAGUCUGAUCUCAGCAUUGCACUGGGGCCCAAUCUCGGCAGUGGAUGCAUUCUGGCGGACAGAUGGCAAACACAAUGUUCGCCGAACUGAUUAUAGCGACCAAUAUUAUACAUUUGGAUUGGAAUGGAGCGAGAAGUAUCUCUUCACGUACAUAAACAGUCGCCUUCUGCAAGUUGUCUUUGUCUCGUUCGAAGGUGGUAACAUGUGGAACAAGGGGCAAUUUGGACAAGACAUCGUCAACAAUUCGGCGCUUCAUGAUCCUUGGUCCCAAACCGGACGAGACAACACUCCAUUUGAUCAAGCAUUCUAUCUGAUCCUGAAUGUGGCUGUAGGAGGCACAAACGGAUUUUUCCCUGACCAAACUGGAAACAAACCCUGGGGAGACAAAUCCCUUUCUGCUCCAAGAGAAUUUUGGAACGCGACUGAUCUUUGGUAUCCCACGUGGGGCAAUGGCACCGACCGUGGUCUGAACGUCAAAAGCGUCAAGAUGUGGAGUCAAGGCGCCUGCGGCUCCCCUGCACAUUAAAGUAGGAACCAAAGUUCGAAACACUUAUCUGCUUAAUUGCCUCGUAUCCCAUUUCGUCGAUACACAGUACUCUAGAUUGGGCAGGAUGGCGUGAAUGGAUAUGGGCGUACCUUACG